GCCGCGGGUUACUGUGAGUGUUGGCAGCGAGGCAUCCGAUGCCAUCCGUGAUUUCUGGGCAGCGGCUGGUGGCGGGGCAGGCGACGCGGGCCACAGGGAGGACAGGGAGGGCGGCUGCGUGGCUGUGGCGUGCCUGUGGGACGUAGAGGUCGCGGGGCGGAGAUCUUGCCCGAUCGUCCUCAGGUAGUGGGAUGGAGGGGAAAGCCGCCCUGGAGGCCGGCAGACUUAGUUUCAGGACCACAUUUGCUCGCGUUUGAGAGGUAGGAUCGCGUUCUGUGACUUCGGCGAGGCCUGUGGAUGUCGUGCAAACAUGGCCAAGUCCAAGAACCACACCACACACAACCAGUCCCGCAAAUGGCACAGAAAUGGCAUCAAGAAACCCCGGUCACAAAGAUACGAAUCUCUUAAGGGGGUGGACCCCAAAUUCUUGAGGAACAUGCGCUUUGCCAAGAAGCACAACAAGAAAGGCCUGAAGAAGAUGCAAGCAAACAACGCAAAGGCAAUGAGUGCGAGAGCAGAGGCCAUCAAGGCCCUUGUGAAGCCUGCAGCUGUUAAACCCAAGAUGCCAAAGGCCCCCAGCCGCAAACUCAGCCGCCUGGCUUUCAUCGCUCACCCCAAGCUUGGGAAGAAGAUUCGAAGCUACAUGGCUAAGGGUCGUAGGCUCUGCAAAUCAAAGCCCAAGGUUCAAACCAAGGCAGAGGCCACAGCUCCAGCUAAGGGCAAGGCUCCAGCUCCAGCUCCAGCUCAGGCUCCCAAAGGUGCCCAGGCCCCUGUGAAGGCCCCAUAGGAAAUGGUUCUACUAAUGUGAAGACAGACGGACUGGUGUGACACACCCACCUACACACUAUUUACAGAUGACCAGUGUCCUAUGCUGUUUUUACAAAUAAACCUGAGGCAAGAUCUGUUAA